AUGACGUGCUCCAAGAAGUUCAUGCGGAACUACAAGGUGUUUGACGCUGUGUAUGUCCAUCUCGCGGAUGAUGGAAUUGUCCAAGCAAUCGGCAGUGGGGACAUUGUCAUGUCGAUGAAGACACCCCAAGGGAUGAAGAAAGGUGUGCUCACAAACGUGUGGCACAUCCCAAAGUUAUCCAGAAACCUGUUCUCAGUCGGCCGCUUCACCAAGGAUGUCGACCCAGUGACGUUCACAAAGGAUGGGUGCUAUGGAGAAGCGAAAGGGGUCAAGUGGAAAAUUGGUGCCCGUGAAGGUAAAGGACUGUUCAAGCUGCAAAUGUCUUCAGUGGCGCCGGAACAAGCAAAUGCAGCCAAGUCUUCGGGAUGUCAAGGGGGCACCAAGUCGUACCUCUGGCACCUUCGGCUUGGCCACAUAGGUCAUGAUGGACUCAAUUGCAUCGUGACGAAGAGCAUUGUAAUUGGCGUCGACACAUCUUCGGUGAAGAAGUGGGACGUGUGCGAAGGUUGUGCUCUGGGAAAACAGACUCGAGUGCGCUUCCAAUCGAACACUGCAGCUCGCACCUCCAAAAUUCUCAAAGUGAUUUACAGCAACGUAUGCGGACCGAUGCCGAUGGCAAGUGGAAAACGGUACUUCGUGAUAUUCAUCGACGACAAGUCAAGAUACUGUGUCGUGCAUCUGCUCAAGAGCAAAUCUGAAGUUGCGGCGAAGUUCAUGGAAUACGCUGCGAUGGCCGAAACGCAAACCGGAAAGCGCGUGAAGUACCCUCAAAGCGACAAUGGGGGUGAAUACAAGUCCGAAAAGUUGGCACGAUUCUGCGCGGAACGUGGGAUAGAACAAAGGUUCACACCCCCAUAUACUCCUCAGCUCAGCGGAGUAGCUGAGAGAAUGAAUCGCACGCUUGUCGAGUGUGCGCGCUGUAUGAUGGAGCAUGCUGGACUGGGAAAGAGCUACUGGGGUGAAGCAGUGAUGACGGCGAUGUUUCAUCGAAACCACUGUCAAACACGUGAAGAAGGAAGCUGUAUCUGCGGGUACACCGACGCAGACUGGGCCGGCGACAUUAAGCCAAGAAGAAGUACGAGCGGUUACGUGUUCAUGAUGAACGGAGGAUGCAUCAUCUUGAAAGCCAAAAACAACGGACGGUCGCGCUAUCUUCAACGGAAGCAGAAAACAUGGCGCUUUCCGAAGCAACCAAAGAAGCAGUAUGGCUCAAGGUGUUGUUGA